AUGAGUGUAAAAAAAACUGCAGCUUAAUGAGAAAUUUUUAUCCUUUUUAUGUCCAGGAAAUUCCUAGGCAACGUAACUCUGUUUCCGGCAGAGUUAAUUUGAGACGACCAUCACUAUGCUUCGAAACGCAGAGGUGGGAAAACGAAAAAUUAAAUCGAACGGACAGUGCAAAUAGUGUGGUAGAACUACGAGAUAUCUUCGAGCAAACUGAGUCGAGAAGGAACUCCGUUGAAGAAAAUAACAAUCUUUUAAGAAACAAUCAAAGUGGUAUCGUUAGUAACAUAAAUUGUGACAUCGCUAGCAAUGCGAAAGACAAAGAUCGACUGAUCAUCAAACAAAAUUCUUUCUUGGAAUCAAGUGUAACUAACACUGUUGAGAAACAAUUAAAAUCAUGUAUACGAACAACUGAGCCUUUGCGAAUAACUAGAAAUAUCGAAACAUGGCGGCCGAUUUUAUGGUUUACAUUUAUCUUCUUUCUCGGAUUUUAUGCCAAACAAAUUACUUUGACAUUUGUUACGUAG